AUGUGGGGUGUGACAGAGCUGAGUUUGGCGGUCCCGAUUGUGAAUUCGCUGGCCUUUUUGUUUACGGUUUUGGGAGAUUGGCUGGCUGAUGGGAAGAGGAUCCAUAGAGAUACUUGGAUUGGAAUGGUGUUGGUGCUUGGUGGGAUUGGGCUCUGUGUGCAUAGUAAGCAGUGA